UGACAUCAUUGCGUUGGUUUCCGUUGCUACAUGUAAACAAAGCGCAGGUAGCUGCUGCGAGUUCGGUGACGGGAACCGAGCCGUAAUCAGAACCGAGCUGAAUCAGUGGAUCCGGACCGGAGAGUCUGAGGGAUGGAGUGAACCAGAACCGCCAGCAUGUCCAUGGAAGACCCGUUCUUCGUCGUUAAAGGGGAGGUGGAGAAGGCGGUGCACGCCGCUCAGAGCCUCCAUCACCGCUGGAGUGAGCUGCUGCAGGAAGGGGGCGGAGCCUCGAAAGAGGAAGUAGACUGGACGACCAAUGAGCUGAGGAACAGCCUCCGCUCCAUUGAGUGGGACCUGGAGGACCUUGAUGAGACCAUCAGCAUCGUGGAGUCAAACCCAAAGAAGUUCAACUUAGAUGCGGCUGAACUGACGAAGAGGAAAGCCUUCAUCAUCUCCACCCGGCGCACUGUCAAGGAAAUGAAAGAACAGAUGUUGAGUCCAGCAGCUGCUGGUCCUGACAGACUCAACCAACAGGUUCUGCUCAGUGACACUCAGGGUCCAAUCUGGCAGCCUGGUGCUGAUAAAUACACCCCACUGGACCGCCAGCUGCAGAGCGCCAACUCUCAGUUCAUCGGCGGGCAGCAGCUGCAGCAACAGCUUAUUGCAGAGAAACAGGACGAACAGUUGGAGCUGGUGUCCGGAACCAUCGGGGUUCUGAAGAACAUGUCGGAGCGGAUCGGCAUGGAGCUGGACGAACAGGCUGUGAUGUUGGACGACUUUGGGAAUGAGAUGGACAACACUCAGUCACGCCUGGACACCGUGAUGAAAAAACUGGCUAAAGUGUCACACAUGACCAGCGAUCGCCGUCAGUGGUGUGCGAUUGGGGUGUUGCUCCUGAUCCUGCUGGUCAUCAUCAUCCUCUUCUUCAUCCUCUGACUGAAGCCCAGCACCGACCCGAACAGCUGAUCUCCACCUGAUUCUGGACCCGACCCGUCUGAUCCUAAAUCCUCCUGCUGCAAUUUCUGUUGACAGUUUGAACUUUAUUUCGGAGCUCAGCGAAAGCAGAACCUUUUCAGUUUAUUUUUGUUUUAUUUAAUAGUGUGAAAAGUUACUAUUACAGCCACUUUAACCAGUAUAUGCGAUUCAAUGCAGCCUGUGACUAAAUCUGAUCACAGAUUAGUUAGGUUUAUUUAACCAUGGAGAAGAGUUUGUCCAAAUGAUUUCAUCCGUACAGAAACUUUCAUCCCCACACGGUCAGCCGAGGAGGAGGAGGAGGAGGAGGAGGAAGCAGCUUGAUCUGGUUCUGAGCCCAAACGCCUCUCUUAUUUCCUCCUGGGGCUAAAUUCCAGGAAACUG